AUGAAUCCAAUUCCCACCUAUGAACAAUUCGGUAACAAAGAUCGGAGCAUCGAAAAGUUAAUCGUUAAGGCAAAGGAAAAGAUAUCAGGAUCGGGGACAAUCAAUGAUGUGAAGAGCAUGAGAGAAUUGUUGAUCCUCAAUUUUGGCUUCAAGGAGGAGAACAUUCUGGUUCUGACAGAGCAGGAGAUAGAACCAGAACUAAUUCCAACAAAGAAAAACAUCCUGAAAUCCCUGGAAUGGCUCGUGAAGGGCUGUCAAGCGGGUGACUCCCUCGUGUUCUACUUCUCCGGCCAUGGCUUAAGUCAACCAGAUUUUGAAGGCGAUGAGCGAGAUGGGUUUGCCGAAAAUAUUUGUCCGGUGGAUUUCAUGACCGAAGGCAUGAUCGUUGACAAUGAUAUUAAUGCAACCAUUGUUUGGCCGCUCAAAAAAGGUGUCACUCUUCAUGCAAUUGUCGAUGCCUGUCACAGCGGAACUGUCCUUGAUCUUGAGCAUGUCUACAAUAGGCAAGAAAACAAAUGGGAAGAUAACAGCCCUCUAUCUGGAAAUGCUAGGAAACAUCCGGAUGGUGGAUUGGCAAUAUCUCUCAGUGCUUGUCUUGAUAAUCAAGUUGCUGCUGAUACCACCGCAUUCACAGGAAAGACAAUGAAUGGAGCUAUGACCUUCCUUUUAAUUAAAAUUCUGAAGAAAUAUCACGGAGCAACAUAUGGUGACCUACUUGAUAUGAUGCAUGAAGAAUUGGAGAAAGUUAAUGAAAGCAGAUGCUUUGCUGAAAAAAUCUUAAAAAAAAUAACGAAAAACAUGUUAUUGCAGAAGCCUCAGAUUUCAGCUUCCAAACCAUUCGAUGUUUACAAGGAACAUUUUGUUCUGUAA